AAGCAGCAGGACACUUCAAACCCAACUCACCUUUGAAGAUGAUAGUGCCAGCCAUAAAGAUAUUUGAUGCUAGCCACACCUUUUCUGGGCAGGUCAGAAAGUGCUUUCACAGAUGGGUCACAUGAGUUUGGACUGGCCUGGAGAGCGUUGCUUAGACAAGUUCCUAAAUGUGACACUUCCCACUGAAAGACAAUAUGGCAGCAGCAAGACCUGUUCUAAUGAGACAAAGCAUCAGUCUUCCAUCACACAAGUCUGAGCUGAAGCUGGUUCUUCUGGGGGAAAGUCAGAGUCUGAAGGCUCCAGUGGGAAACCUCCUUUUAGGAAAAACACAGUUCAGUCAACAUUAUAAAUGUGUCAAAGGCAGUGGAAGACUCAAGGACAGACCAGUGACUGUGGUCUACACUCCAGACCAGCUUCUUUCCACUGUUUCCAAUGAUGGACGGAAGCGGUUUAUACAAGAGAUUAAAGAUGUGAGUGGCCCUGGUCCUCAUGUGUUUUUGCUAGUUCUACAGCCUGAAAUCUUCACUGAGGAAUACAAAAGGAGAAUUCAGUCAGUCCUGGAGAGUCUUAGUGAUCAGCCCUUCCACAAUUCAGUGGUGUUGAUGUCCAGACCACGAGCAGUGUCACUAGGGUCCAUGGAGGAAUACAUGAGUCAGCCACAUAUAAAGGACUUGAUCACUAAAUGUAAGAACAGAUAUAUGUGGAUGGAUUAUAUUGAUCUAAAUGAUCUGAAACUUAAAGAGCUGUUUUCCACAAUCAAUAUGAUUUGUGAGCCAGACUAUCCACAAAAACCUGCAGUUCCGAAAAAUAGACAGGAGUGUCUGAGGAUUGUGUUGUUUGGGAAAACUGGCAACGGAAAAAGUGCCACUGCCAACACAAUUUUGGGCCGAGAGUGUUUCAGAUCAAUUACCCAUGCUACAUCUGUCACCAAACUCUGUCAGAAAGAGGAGGGAGAAGUUGAUGGACAGAAGGUUAUUGUUGUUGACUCUCCUGGUUUAUUUGAUACAUCUUUGUCAAAUGAGGAACUGCAGGGGGAGCUUGUAAAAUGCAUCACAAUGCUCGCUCCUGGGCCCCACGUCUUCUUAUUGGUGCUGCAGAUCGGCCGAUUCACUAAAGAAGAAAAAGAGUCAGUGGAGCUAAUCAAAAUGUACUUUGGAGAAAAAUCAAGUCCCUUUAUCAUCACUCUCUUCACUAAAAUUGAUGCCCUUGAGAAUGUGUCCAUUGAAAAUUACAUUGAGGGAAGUGACGAUUUGAAGAAAAUUAUUCAAGACUGUGGAGGGAGAUUCCAUGGCUUUAACAAUAAAGACAAAAACAAUCAGUCACAGGUUCGACAACUCAUACAAAAAGCCAACAAAAUGGUGAUGGAAAAUGGAGGCAGCUACUACACAACAGAGAUGUUCCAAGAGGCAGAGGUGGCCAUAAAAAAGGAGAUGGAGAGACUGCUGCAAGAAAAGAAGGAUGAACUUAGAAAGGAGGAGGAGAACAUUCAGAAUAAACACAAACAAAUAAUAGAAGCAUUGGAAAAACAAAUGGGGAAGGUGACAGACCAGGAGGGUGAAUGCAACACGGUUGAGCUGAGAAACUUUGAGCAAAAACAAGAAGAAGAAAAGGAGAGAAAGGGACAAGAUGAGAAACAACAACAACGACAACAGUGGAAGCAAAGGCUUGAGAAGUUUGAAGUAAAAAGCAAGUUGGACUUGCAACCAAAACCAAAAGAUCUAAGGAAAUUGCGAAGGGUCUCAGGGACAGAGAACCAGACCUCUGAAAAUAGAAGUAUGGAACAGGAGAGCGUCAAAACAAUACAGCCUCCUAAGGAAACCAACAUCAUCAGGAAGAAUGAAGAAGAUCAAGCCCCCCAAAAGCUGGAGGAGACGCAGAUGCAGGAAUUAAUAAAAAGUUACCAUGAAGAGCUGACAAAGCUGAAGGCCAAAUAUGAACAAGAAGCCAGAAAAGAGGCAGAAAGAUUCAAUGAGUUUAAAGACAAGUACACUAAAGAUUUUGAUGCUCUCCUGGAGAAACAUGGGGAGGAAAUCUCAUGUCUGAAGAAACGUCAUGAGAGAGAAAUAGAUCAUAUACACCCCCAGAAAGCGUGCGGUUCUUUGCAGAAUAUCACAGCUUUCACUGAGGGACUUUUAAGUGAACCCGUGUGGCAUGUCAAUGACACACUACAACAUGAAAUGAGAAAUCGACAGCAAGAGGAAAUGAAUGAUUUGAAGAAAAAACAAAAAAAGCAUUGUUCAAUUUGCUAACCUCAAAACUACUAAAGAUAUUACAUAUACACUACCAGUGAAAAGUUUGGACACUUUUGAGUCUUCUUUAUUUCCCUGAUUAUUUACACUGUAGAUUCUCACUGAAGGCAUCAAAACUAUGAAUGACACAUGUGGAGUGCAGUAAACAAAACUCAAUAACUCCAGUCUUAAAAACAGCCACCCUUUGCUUUGAUCACUGCUUUACAUUUUUGGCAUUUGACCUUGACAAAGCACAGCUGUGAAGUGAAAACUAUUUCAGGAGACUUCAUCAAGAAGCUCAUUGAGAGAAGGCCAAGGGUUUGCAGCCCUGUCAACAAAGCAAAUGGUGGCUAAGAUUUGAAUUAAAAAUAUAAAGAAUAUUUUGUUGAGUUAUUCCAUUUUUUUCUUUGCUUCAUAAUUCCAUACAUCUUUUGAUCAGUCAAUCAAAAUCUAUUAAGUUAGCCACAAGAGCAGCCAACCACAACCAUGACAACCACAGAUUUUGAUGUCUUCUGUAUGAGUAUAAAAUGCACAAAGUAAUAGUAAAAAAAAAAAAAAAAUUGAAUGAGAGGGUAUGUCCAAACUUUUGACUGGUAAUGUACUUGAGCAUUGUUAGAAUCUUAGUAAACCUAGUAGAAAAGAAUGUAGAUAGCUCCAUGUGCACGACCGACGUGCCUGGUUUUGAAUAAAACACACUGUACUGUGUGAUUGUCUUUACGUGAGGCA